CACAUCCGGUUCCGUCCAGCGCCAUUUUGAUGAAACAGCGAGGAGACGAACCAUCACCGGGGAGGAUUUUAUGGAUUUAACUUGAAUAAUUAACCGGAUAAACAACUUAACGCAUUACGUGGCGAAACGCAACCGUGGACCGAAGAGGAAUCUUUGUGUUUUGACUGCGUAACUAGUGGAUUUUGUGAGACUACUCGACAGUUGAAGUGACUGACCGUGUUAGCAUAGCCACUUAUUUUGGUUUAGUAGAGGGAGCCGUUGUAUCAUGUUAGCUAACUCACCAAUCUGACACGAUAUAUACGGGUUUCUAGUGUAUUAUAUUUGAGGUCGAGCGGCGACAGAAACUGUGGACUCGUUGCGGAAGUGUUGUGGACUUUCUGGUUAUUCAGUCGUAUUGGUGUGACUUGUAAUAUAAACUAUUUACAGCAGACCAAGCUAAGGACUGGUGGUGAGGCAACCCCAGGCCCGCUGCUAGCUCCACUGGUGGCGCAGCGGCCCGGGCUUUCCUCCAAGGACAAUUCACUACGGACUUGGCCUCAUUUUAUUCCCCGUAAGCAAAGAUUGAUAUCGUGCCACAUGGACUCUCUUGGAUUCGGUGGCAUCCUGUUGUGUUUUCCGGACUUUGAAUAACUUGCGAGACACACGGCGCCGCUUAAUGGCGCUCUGGCCUCGCACCUCGAUCAUUUUUCUUUGGCAAUAACAAAGACUGUGACUACAUCUGCGAUCUGAACCCAUCCACAUAUUAUCCCUUUCUCUGUCAUCAGUGUUUUAGCGCACAUCAAGAAGGUUUACAUAUUAAAAACACAAUAUAUAGUCUCCUAUGUUCAGUGUUGACGCUGUUUUAUUUUGUAAUCAUACCAGCCCUGUGGUUUUUGGUUUUUCCCCUUGUGCUUAAUUGAGUAUAGUGCUUAGAGCUGUUAAAAUGUCGUGUGUUCACUACAAGUUUUCUUCCAAACUGGACUACAACACAGUCACUUUCGAUGGGCUGCACAUCACUCUCAACGAGCUUAAACGGCAGAUUAUGGCUCGGGAGCGCCUCAAGGCCACAGACUGCGACCUGCAGAUCACCAAUGCGCAAACUCGAGAAGAAUAUACUGAUGAUGAAGCCCACAUUCCAAAACACUCGUCCGUGAUUGUCCGCCGUACUCCGAUCGGUGGAGUAAAACCUGCUGGCAGGACGUUCAUUGUAGAUCGUUCUGACACAGCUGUGGUGGGAUCAUCUAGACCCACCGAUUCUUCUCCCUCUAUGUCACUCGCCCAACUUGCCAAGACUGCUAAUCUGGUUGAUGCAAAUGCAUCAGAGGAAGACAAGAUCAAAGCUAUGAUGUCUCAGUCCAACCAUCAAUAUGACCCCAUACAUUACUCCAAGAAGGCAGUGGGACCUCCACCCGCUAAUUAUACCUGCUUUCGCUGUCUAAAGGCUGGUCACUACAUUCGACAGUGCCCCAUGCUGCUGGUCCAGGAUAAGAGUGUAGAGGCUCCUAAGCCGGUAAAGACCAGUAAAGGUAUUCCUCAGAGCUUCAUGGUGAAAGCUGAGCCAGGCACCAAAGGAGCCAUGUUAACCAGCACUGGAGAAUACGCAAUACCUGCGAUAGAUGCGGAAGCAUAUGCUCAAGGAAAGAAAGAGCGCCCUCCCUUUGUUCCUCAUGAGCAGUCAUCAUCUGAGGACGAUUCAGACCCAAUCCCUGAUGAACUCCUCUGCCCAAUCUGUAAUGACUUGAUGACAGAUGCUGUGGUUAUACCCUGCUGUGGGAACAGUUACUGUGAUGAAUGUAUAAGGACUGCCUUGUUGGACUCGGAGGAGCAUAUCUGCUUCACAUGUAAGCAGUCGGAUGUUUCACCUGAUAAUCUAAUUGCCAACAAAUUUCUUCGUCAGGCUGUAAACAACUUUAAGAAUGAGACGGGAUACACCAAACAAUCUCGCAAGCAGGUCCAACAUGCAACCUUGCCGCCACCGCGCCCUCAGUUGACCAGGCCACUGCCCUCAAGACAGCAAGACCCACUGCUAGCAAAUGCCAUUCCCUCACCUCCAAGUGUACCCACAGCUGCACCUCAAUCACAGGUCCAGCCCCCUGUAUCUACUCCUGCUGAUACAUCCACUGCUCCUAGUUCUCCUCAAGCAACUGCUGUUGAUGGUCAAGAUGUUUCAACAUCCCCUGCACCUGCUGCUGACCAUCAUUCUCCGAUUCACUCCUCCAGCCAGGGUGAACCACCCCCUCCAGGUGAAAUAGAUCCAGAACCACCUGUGAGAGCAGCCUCCGAAACUACCUCAGAGAGUGGAUCACAUGCCUUCCAUUUACCACUUAUUGGCCAUCCACCACCUGCAAGGCUGCCUAAUCCACCAGGUCACCAGUCAAGGCCGCAUCACUCUCAGAGAGGGGGAGGCAGACCGUGGGAGAGGUCCUACAGAAGUAGAGGAGAGUACCCCCCCACCCACAUCCAAACGGCUCCACCUCUUGCACCCGCUCCUCCAGUAUAUCCAUCUCCGUCCCUGUAUCCUCCCCCACUGCAGCCCUACCCCCCUCCAUACACCACUGGCCCCGGCCUUAUUGGUCCUCCUCCAAUUGGUUACCAACCCCAGCCUAUCUAUGCCCCUGGACCACCAGGGCUCAACCUCAAUGCAUGGGUUCCCCCUGGUACCCAGCCCCAUCUACCCCAUCUUCCACCUUCCCUUCCUCAGCCUCCCCUCUCAAAGGACGAUUUCUACAGACAGCGGCACAGACAGGACAAAGUCACCUCCAAACUAGAUGAAUUUACUCAAGACUUCCACAAAGAACUUAUGAAGUACAGAAAUUCCCCAAAGAGACGACGACGGUCUUUCUCCAGGUCCCGGUCGUACAGUCGCUCUCCGUUCAGCCGUUCUUACAGUCGCUCAAGAUCCAGAUCCAGGUCUUACUCUUAUACCCCCAGUCGAUCACGCUCCCGUUCACGCUCCCAUGGUCGGUCUUAUCCCCGCUCCCCUUACUCCAGACGCAAUGGACGCAGUUAUGGACGCUCACGGACAAGAUCCCGCUCCCGUUCGCGGUCCUACGGGUACCGGCGCUCUGGCUCACCACGAUCUCCUACCUCCUAUCGGGGUCCAGGCUGGGAGGGACCAGAAGGAGCAGUACCCUUCAGGUCCAGGUCACGGUCUCGUUCCCCUGGGGGCUUCCGAAGCCGCAGCCCAGGGGGGCGGAAGCUACCACCUCGGGAGCUGCCACCAUAUGAGCUUAAGGGAAGAAGCCCUGGAGGUGAUGAUCGCUGGGAGAGGGAAAGGUAUCGACAAUGGGAAAAAGAAUACACAGAUUGGUACAACAAAUACUACAAAGACUAUGACGGCCAACCACCUUCAAUGCAUCACAGAGGCCGUGGCAGCAGAGACAGAGACAGAGACAGGGACAGGGUGCGUGAUAGAAUGUCCCCACUAUCAAGAGAUUACUCUCCCCAUGGUAGAGGAAGAAGAGGGAGAGAAGAGAGAGGUGCUCCCCCUCACCAUCCUCCAUCCUCUUCCUCAUCUGGGACUAAGUCCAGUAACAAAGUCUUGAAAACAAAGAAAUUGAAAAGAAAAAAGACUGGAGAGGAAGCGGAGGCUUCAAAUCAGUCAGACAGAGGUGAUGCUACUCCUGUCAGAGAUGAACCGAUGGAUGAAAUCCCCUCACUCAAUACAACAUCUCCUGUCUCCUCAAAACCUGCAUCUGGUUCUGCAUCCGCUAAAGCUCCAGCUUCUAAAAGUUCUGCUGCACCAGCUAAACCUUCGACCAAGGCUACAUCAAAGACACAGUCUGACAAAACUAAGAAGGAUAAGGGUCAGAAGGUUAAAGCUAAAGUGAAGACAGAGAGUGUGAAACCAAAAAGUGAAAAGGUAAAGAAAAAGUCUGUAGAAGGGGUGGCCAUCAAAAAGAAAGAUUCAUCUUCCUCCUCCUCCUCUGUUGCUAAACCAUUAAAGACCAUUAAAACUAAAUCAGAAGAUGCUUUGAGCUCAACUACCCCUAAAAAAGACAAGAGUAAAAGCUCUUCAGUUAGGCCUCCUCUGCUUAAGACCCCUCCACUGUCCUCCCAGAACAUGCCUCUACCUCUUCCUUCUGUUCAUGACGGUCCCCGUCUUGGCCAUGACAUUCGGGGAAGAAGAGAUCUUCCACCUAGUGGUGGUCUACUUCCCAUGACUCAUCAACAUGGACUCCCACUCCUUCAUCGACCUCCCUCACCAGCGGACAGUCGUAGAAGAAUGGGAGAUGAGGGCCGCUCUUUACUUGGACCUCCUCCCGGAAAGCUGAGGAGGAUUGAUGGGCUUGGUGGUGACGUCCUCUGUCACCCACACCUUUCUCACCAGAUGCCGCUCCACAGACAUCCGCACUCAGACAGACCAGGUCUUCUUCCACUUCCAGGGAGCCGCGACAUGGGCCGUGGAGAGGCAGAUCGGGGACCCAUCAGACCUCUGAUGGACCUGCCGAUGUCACUACCCCAAAGGAGGAUUAAGUUGAACAGGGAUCUUGGGAGAAAAGGCAGCAUUGAUACGCCAGUCUCGGAGAGAGCACCAUCAGGCCCUGAGAAAACUGGUUCCACCUCAGACCGAUCAGCUGCUAUCAACUCAUCGGAAGGAGACAGAUCCAGCAGCACAUCAGAUGGAGCUGGAAGAAAGGACUGGCCUGCAUCUGCUGAGAGACAAGGUUCAGACCGAGAGCAGGACAAAAGCUCAGCACUGGACAGAGAGAGGGAGAGAGUCUCUGGCUCGGACAGGGACAGGGACAGGGUCUCUGGCUCAGACCGGAUCUCUAGCUCGGACAGGGAUAGAGUCUCUGGCUCGGACAGGGACAGAGUCUCUGGCUCGGACAGAGAGAGGGACAGAGUCUCUGGCUCGGACAGGGACAGGGUCUCUGGCUCGGACAGGGACAGGGACAGGGUCUCUGGCUCGGACAGGGACAGGGUCUCUGGCUCAGACCGGAUCUCUAGCUCGGACAGGGAUAGAGUCUCUGGCUCGGACAGGGACAGAGUCUCUGGUUCGGACAGGAUAUCGGACAGAGACAGGGUCUCUGGAUCGGACAGGGUAUCAGACAGGGACAGGGUCUCUGGCUCGGACAGGGACAGAGUUUCUGGCAUGGACAGAGACAGAGUCUCUGGCAUGGACAGGGACAGAGACAGAGUCUCUGGCUUAGACAGGGACAGAGACCGAGUCUCUGCCUCAGACAAAGACAGGAUCCCUGGAUCGGACAGGAUCCCUGUAUCGGACAGGGUCUCUGGAUCUGACAAAGAGAGACUUCCUGGAUCUGACAAAGAGAGACUCCCUGGAUCUGAUAAAGAGAGACUCCCUGGAUCUGACAAAGAGAGACUUCCUGUAUCUGACAAAGAGAGACUCCCUGUAUCUGACAAAGAGAGACUCCCUGGAUCUGAUAAAGAGAGACUCCCUGGAUCUGACAAAGAGAGACUCCCUGGGUCAGACAGAGAGAAGGACAAGGUCUCAGGCUCAAAUUCAGAAAAAGUAGCAGUUACAGUUCAAAGAGAUGCCGAAGGAGAGAGGACUGUGAGGACAGAGCGAAAGACCUCCAGUGGAGGAAGUGGAGUAGGUGGAGCAGGGCGGUCUGUCUGUCUGGAUAAAAUGACCAUUGGUGAGAAAUUGGCUGUCACCAAGAAACAGACGGACCCUCCAGAGAAACCAAGCGUGCCCUCUGAGAGAGGUGAAGGGUCAGAAAGAGCUGCUAAAUCUGACAGGAGUGUGUCCAAGGACAGAACAGAAAGGAGUGUCCCCUCUGGAGAGAAACCAGCUGCUGCUCAGAAAGAAGCAGUGAAAGAUUGCGAAGGGUCUGUUGUGAAGAAAAAACCACGGAUCAGUCGAAAGAUUCUGACUAGUCACACUGUGAGCUCUACCAGCACUGCACCAACGCAAGAACCACUCAUUCAGUUACCUCCUCGCUCCAAGUGGGAGAGAGAGGAUGAUGAAGAGGGGCAGGAAAAUGGAGUUGAUGUUCCCAAGGAGCCGACACCACCCGCUCAGAGGAGCCGAGGCAGAGAGGUUCUGGGUGAGGCAACUAAACCAAUCAGGGCCGAAGCCCGGGAUUUCGUAAGAGAGGAGAGGAGAGGUUUGAGGGAGGAGAAGAAAGUGAGAACACCACGGGACGAGGGUAAAGGUAGCAGGGUGUCGCAGUCAAAUUCUGAAAAACCAACCAAACCAAAAAUAGUGAGAGAGGAGAACAGAGGAGUGAGGGAUGAAGGGAGAUCUACUGCAAGAGAGGAGGCAAGAGGAGGAGGGGGAAGAGAUGAGGGGCGAGGAGUGACAGGGAAGGAAGAAAGAUUAUCAGAUGCCAGAGGUGGGGGAGGACGAGAGGGGAGUCGUGGCCCGGAGCCCAGGAGACAACGUUUGUGUUCUGACUUGGGCCGUGAGACAGACGAGGCCGCCUUUGUUCCCGAUUACAGCGAAGGUGAGGGAUCGGAACCAGAGAGAGGACAGAGUGGCAGUCCCAGUGUGUCCCAUAGCCAACCCUCCCGCAGCCCCACCCUGAGCAUCCACAGUGACACGGCAACCAACAACACAGCAGAAAAGAAGAAGAAGAAACACAAGAAACAUAAGAAACACAAAAAGCACAAGAAACACGGCAGUCAGGAAAAAGUGGAAAACAAGGAGCAUAAGCACAAACACAAGAAGAAGAAACAUAAAAAGAACAAAGACAAAGAUGAGGAGGAUGAUGAUGAUGAGGAGGAGGAAGAGAAGACAACAACCGAGAAAGUAGAAGAGGAAGCUCCUUCCAUACAGGAGCAAAGUUAACCUUGUUGGGCCAAAAUCUGUAAGGGUGAACUCAAACACUCGACUGAAAAGCUUCCCACUUAAACUGAUGCCCUGUCUUGUUCUAGAAUUGUGUUGUGGAUUCGCUGAGUCGCUGUGCGUGCAGCACAUGUUGAGAAACGUUCAGUUUUCUCAGUGCCAGCCAAUCAAAUCCGUUUGCAAAUAUCCCAAGGAGAGGCACUAGUCAAUAACAUCAGGUUCACGUGUUUUCACUGUUGCCUGUGAUUUCUGACGGACAGAGUGCACCCAACAAUGGCAAAUACCACAGCGCCAUCGCAUAAACGUGAGCAACUCUUGCUUCAAAGUCGGCCGUGACAGAUGCUGCUUUGCUAAUUUCUGAUAGCCCCCCCAGCAGCAAGCGACGGGCCCGCUUACCAACCACUGUUAAAGCAAUGCGCAUGCGUGAGUCGGCCUUUGCCUCUGUAAAAUAGAAGGGAUGAAAUCUGAAUGUCUACAACACUGUUGGAGGCUUUGCCACUUUGUCUCUGUGGGGGACUUGUGUUCUUAGUUGUUCCUUUUUUUUUUUUAAUUAAAAUGUUUUGACCUGAUAAAA